AACAUGUCAUUUGUCAUCAGAACAUCAUAAAUUCAAAAUCAUAAAACAUGUAAGAUCAUUUCUAUUUUGGCCUUAAUUCUUCUAAAUUCUCAUUAUCAAAAUCAUAUCUCAUUUGUAACAAUGAGGGAAGUGGUCCAUAUUCAACUAGGAGCUGCUGGUAAUAACAUCUCUGCAAGGUUUUGGGAGUUUCUUUCUGAUGAACAUGGCAUUGACCCAAGAGGGUGCUACCAUGGCACUAGUGACCUCCAACUGGAACGAGUCAAUGUCUUUUUCAACGAAUCCCGCAGUCGAUAUAUACCACGAGCGGUUUUGGUAGAUUUAGAACCCUCCACAGUGUCCAGUCUCCGCUCCUCUUAUUUCGGUCAACUAUUUCGCCCCGAUAAUUUCAUUUUUGGAGACCAAGGUGCGGGUAACAAUUGGGCAAAAGGUAAUUUCACCGAAGGUGCAGCAAUAUUGGAACCUGUCUUGGAUGCCACUCGUCGGGAAGCUGAAGAAUGUGAUUGUCUUCAAGGUUUUCAAUUGGUGCACGCACUAGGAGGUGGGACAGGUUCGGGAACUGGUAGUCUAAUACUAGAUAGUUUAAAAGAAGAAUACCCGGAUCGAAUUAUCAGCACAUUUUCACUUAUGCCCUCUACCAGAGUCUCUGAUGUAGUAGUGGAACCAUACAACUGCACACUAAGCUUACCACAUUUGAUCAAUUCCGUUGACGAGUGUUAUGUUAUAGACAACGAAGCACUAUAUGACAUCAGUACUAGAGCUUUAAAACUAAGCGCACCCGCAUACUCUGACAUGAACCACAUUGUAGCAGUGGCUAUGUCAGGGAUAACAUCAAGUCUACGCUUCCCAGGUCAACUUAACACUGACCUACGAAAGAUUUCAGUCAAUUUGAUACCAUUUCCUAACCUACACUUUCUCAUGCCUGCGCAAGCACCACUCGUUGGCCGUUGUGAUCAACACCAGAUACCAGUGAGUGUUGGCGAAAUUGUUUCACAAAUAUUCGACGCGAAGAAUCUCAUGUGCGCAUGCAACCCUACCAAAGGUAAAUAUCUCACAGCGGCGGCCAUUUUCCGUGGUCUGGCAUCCACAAAAGAAGUAGAACAACUCUUAGCUAACAUGCAGCUCAGAAACAACUCGUAUUUCGCUGAGUGGAUUCCAAACAAUGUCAAAAGCGCGAUCUGUGACAUCACCCCGCGUGGGUUUCAGUUAUCCUCGACGUUUAUCGCCAAUAGCACUUGCAUCCAAGGAUUAUUCAAGCGUGUCGUCCACUCUUACAAUCAAAUGUUUAAACGCAAAGCUUUUUUACAUUGGUAUACAAACGAAGGAAUGGAGGAGUUGGAAUUCAUGACGGCAGCGACGUACGUGAAGGAUCUGAUUGCAGAGUAUCGACAUGCCCAGGACAUGACGAUAGAUGAAGAACAAAAUGACGCAACGAUGUCGGUUGAUGUGCGUGCAAGCAGCGAGGCAUAAUAAAUUUGAUAAAUUUGGUCA